UGAACUUGACGGAAAAAAAAAAAAAAUACUGUGAACAGCAAAGGGAAAAAAAAAAAAGAAAAAAAAUGUCAGAACAAAUCCUUCUCCUCCAUUGAGACAGUGUACUUCUGCUUCAAUGGACAUUUGAUAUCAUCAAAUCCUGCGUCAGUUUACGAAUGGACUCUGAAAGCGUCGUAGCUGCUGACGGUGCGGAUUGUGCUAUUGCAAAUGGUGAAGUGACAAUGGAAGGAGACAGUAGUAAUGGAAAUGGUGGUACUUCAGAGAAUUUGGAAUGUUGUUCUACUCAGCAUCCUAUGGAGGCAUCUGAGGGCACACAGAAUGAACAAGUGGAUGAUUCAAAACAGAUGAGAGGACAAAAGGUGCAAGGAAGGGUCAAGCAUGAGAAGACCUCUGGAGGCAAGAAUAUUCCAUCAGUCUUGGUGAAGAAGAAAAAAGAUGGGAAAGUGGUGGCAUCAAAUGGUUCUGUUGCUCCAAACGUAAAGCCUGUAAAGUCUCCUAAGAGCAAAUCGCUCAAUGGUAGAGAGGCUCAUGUCACGAAGCAUGGGAACCAUGACUCUCUACCAGCUGAAGGGACCAGGGACAAGCCAAAACUGAGGGAAACAAGGAAACAAGUCAAUGAUACAUCUGAAGAUGAUACACAGUAUCCAAAAGAAGAUGAUGGCAAACCUCGUCGAGCUAGUGCACUUCCAAAUUAUGGAUUCAGUUUUAGAUGUGACCAACGAGCUGAAAAAAGAAGAGAGUUCUAUUCAAAGCUUGAGGAAAAGAUCCAUGCGAAAGAAGAAGAAAAGAAUACCGUACAAGCUAAGUCCAAGGAAACUCAAGAAGCUGAGCUUAAGAUGCUAAGGAAGAGUCUGAACUUCAAAGCCACACCUAUGCCUACCUUCUAUCAAGAACCUCAGCUACCUAAAACAGAGUUAAAGAAGAUAGCGAUAACAAGACCAAAAUCUCCAAAACUCGGGCGGAAGAAGACCAAUUCUCGAGCAGAUUCUGAAGAAGCCAUUACUAUUCAAACCCCUCGCUUUGGUAGGUUGAGCUUAGAUGAGAAAACUCCUAAAGAUAACCCGGUUGUUGAAGGAAGUGUACCCGGUGAGACCAAGAAGCCACCAGUGCGCAAGUCACUUCCCAGGUUGCCUUCAGAAAAGACAAAUCUGUCCAACGGGAAGGUGGCUCCAGCAAAAGCUGUAACAGCCUCAACAAAGGCAAAGUCGGAAAGAAAGAAACCAGAUAAAGAUGUGGAUGACCUAAGCCAGUCAAGUCCUGUAGACGACAAUGCUGACCCAGAAGAUUCACAAGAACAAGCUCCAAGAGUGAAUGAAGACAGAAACGAAUCUCACAUGGUAGUGGAAGUGGUUGCGGUUGAGCCUUAAAACCUACGGUAUGAUUCAUGUACUAGUUAAGGAGCGAAAAAGGAACAGUAACAAGAAACAGUGAAAAAUGGAUGAAAUCAAACUGUUUAAUCAGAAGAUGGACAAAAAGAGUGAAAGACAGAGAUGCAAAAUUGAUGGUGUGCUCCACAAGGUUGCUUCUAUAUGUCAUUCAUGAGAGCUUCAAUUGCGUCGCAUGAUGUUUGGUCGUAAUGCUUAAAUUCUGUUUGGUUUGUCGUCAAGAUCUGUUUUUUCAUUUCGAUAUGUUAUACUUAAAAGGUGAAUUUUGGGGUGGAAAAAAAUGGGGGCCACAGCAGAUGUUUCAUCCUGCUGUGUCCAGGGCUGAGCCCAACUACACAAGCCAGUCUUGCGUUGUUUAAACCCACAAUGCUGUCAAGACUCUCAGUUCAACGGUGACAAUGUUUGACAAAAGGAAACACUAAAUAACAUAAAAGAAAUUUGACAUAAUAUUUUUGUUUAAAUAGUUGGUACA